AUGUCUGCCGAAAGUGAAAGAGUUGCCAGGAUUCUAAAAGGCUUUGAUCCCCUCAGUCAUGGACUUUCCGAAGAUUUCAUACUUACGAAGCUUACAGCUAUGAAAGGAUGUGGAUGUAAAAUUCCCAGAGAUGUUCUGCUGGAGCUUCUCAAGAGUUUUGAUUCUGGUGCUGUGAUCGAUAGCUAUGGUGUGGGAAUCGGACUCGAUAGUUGCGUAGUGCCACUUCGACACAAAGGCUUAAACCUCGUGCAGACAACGGAUUUCUUCUAUCCUUUGAUAGAUGAUCCCUAUCUAAUGGGUCGUGUUACAUGUGCAAAUGUUCUGAGCGACUUGUAUGCGAUGGGUGUUGUAAAUUGCGACAAUAUGCUAAUGCUCCUUGGAGUUGCCGUUGAUUUGAAUGAAGAGGAGCGUAACAUCAUUGUUUCGAUGUUUAUUAAUGGAUUCAAGGAUGCAGCAGAAUCUGCUGGCACGAAAGUUCGUGGCGGUCAAACUGUUCGCUGCCCUUGGCUUCUGCUCGGAGGGGUUGCCACGAGUGUUGCGUCAGAUGCUGAGAUAAUAAAGGUGGAUCGUGCGCAGCCAGGAGACUUGCUUGUCCUCACAAAACCGAUCGGCGGUCAGAAGAAAAACGGACGAGUGGAAGAAUACGGACUCGAUGAGGAGAAAAUUGUGUGUGCUUUCCAGCAGGUUACUGAACAGAUGACUAGAUUAAACAGGAAUGCGGCUAAAAUGCUACACAAGCACAAUGCUCAUGCAUCUACAGAUGUUACAGGAUUUGGUCUACUUGGUCAUGCUGACAAUCUUGCAAAAGCGCAACACGAUAAAGUGCGAUUUGUAUUGGAUGUCUUGCCGAUUAUCGAAUACAUGGAUGUGAUUGCUCGAAAGAUGCCUAAUGGAAACGGCUUUAAUCUUUUUGGAGGCACUGCUGCCGAGACCAGUGGGGGUCUUCUGGUGGCACUUAGCCCCGAAAACGCGGAAGGAUUCAUCCGUGACAUGGAGGUACUAGACGGGUUUCCUGCGUGGAUUGUAGGACGUGUUGAAAAGCUCGAUUUGGGGAAGUGUCAUGCUGUCAUUCGGGAAGACUUCAAGGUUGUUUCAGUGCCAUCCAAAAUUCACCAAUAA